AUGGCAAUCUUCUCACUCGCUGCGUCGGCAACUCCUUCAGAUACCACACGCCCACACAGAUCAAGCAGGGAAUUCCACCUCUCACGCACUGUCGACAUCCUCCAUCUCUCUCUACAGCGAGGUGACAUCCCCCGCGCUCAGAGAGCAUGGGCAAUCCUUGUCCGAUGUAAAGAGUUCGACUGGAGGGCACAGUGGCGCAUCGGGCUCGCUGUUCUCCAGGGAGGGGAACAAAGAAGAAUCGACUAUCUCCAAAAGGCGUUCCUCGCGUGUCCCGAUGAGAAAGAGUCUAUCCUGAAAGAACUUGUACUCUCCUACAUUUCCCAAUCGAGGGAACGAGCCGCGCUAGACCAGCUCGAGCUCUAUCUCCACGCCUUCCCAUUCCAGGACAACCCCGCCCUUCACGCAUAUGCCGGCAUGCUCUGUCUCUAUCUUGCCCAGGCGGGAGAGACGACGUUAGGAGCGGACCAUAACCUCUUGCGCGAGGCAAGACAGCAUUUUGCGACCACUAUGACCUUGGACCCGAAGAACGAAGCUGCCCAGACCUACAGGCAGAUGGUUAGGGACAUAGCGCAAGUAGGGAGGGAGGAGUGGAGAUUUGAUCUUUCGGAGGGGGAGGAGUCAGCGGUCUGAAGCACGGAGACGAUGUGACGAUGCACAUGCGCGCCUGUCUCUCUGAAGCACGGACAUGGGGAAAACUCUGCGGUAUCUCUCUAUGCGGCAGAGGCAGAGUCGAUCACCUCACUCUGCUUGCCUUAUAAGACGCUGAAUCUGUCGGCUUAUCUGUCCAAAUUGCGGAUGCGCCUUCAUGAGCGUUAACUCUCCUCACCAGAAGGCGUGUUUGACGCCCUUGUCAAAAUCGUAUGGAGGUUCGGACAAUCAGACGAAUUCUUCUGCAGGUUCUUGACCAUGUAAUCUU